CUGGAGCCAACCUGCCCACCCUCUGAGACGCUCAGGUCACAGAAGCAGGUCAGAAGUCUCGGGAACGUGAGGAGUGCCACCCUGGAGCCUACCAGCACAGCAGUUGCGAUGGAGGCCUCAGAUGGGCCAGGGGGUGAAGGGGAUAAACCACUAGAGAAGGUGACGAAUGUGCUCUACUUAGAGAGGAGCUCCAGCACCAUCCCUGCAGGAGACUCACUCGUGCGCCAUGCCAAGGGCCUGGACCAGGACACCUUCAAAAUUUGUAAGGAAUAUUUAAGACCGCUGAAGAAGUUCCUGCGCAAGCUGUGCCCGCCCAGGGACCUUCCCCAGAGGAAGAAGCUAAAGUACAUGAAGCAGAGUCUGGUGGUCCUGGGGGACCACAUCAACACCUUUCUCCAGCAUUACUGCAGAGCCUGGGAAAUCAAGCACUGGAGAAAGAUGCUCUGGAGAUUUGUCUCCCUCUUCUCAGAACUGGAACCGAAGCAGCUUCGCCGGCUCUACAAGUACUCCAAGAACAACCAGACAGCCAAGUUCCUGGUGGCGUUCUGCCCUUUGGACGCAUCAGAGAGGUCCCUGCUGGCCGACCAGGAAGACAGUCUGCCCAAGCUCUGCAGCGCCUGGGGGCUGCAUGGCAACAUCAGUGGCAUGAAGGAGAGGCUGUCCAGGAUGCAGGCGCCAGGCCGAGAGACCUCCCUGCUGGGGGAGCCAUGGCCUCAGGGCCAUGACGGGAGAGAUUCUUUAAGGAAACUUUCUCGAAAACCAAAACCCAAGAGAAAGAGGAUUAAGGAAGUCCCAGAAACUCCAGAGACCUGCCCAUAAGAAGCCCUGCGGGGACAGAGGCCAGCCCCGCACUUAGCACUGUCUCCAACACCUCUGUACCUGGGACUUGGGGGCCCAUAGGAGAAAGAAGAAAUUGUUCUUAUAAAAAGAUGCUCAAGUCUUGAUUACGAAUAUGUGGGGUGGGAAAUAAACAUCC